GUCGCCGCUGCGCAUUUGUCAACUUCGCACAACUGUGCUUCUGCUCUCAUUGAGUUCUUAAGCUACUAGUAAGCGCACGAAAACGUUGAGAUAGGCUCAUAGUACAGUUGCACUGAGCACGUCCGUUGGAGGGCAACCACCGCGAUACUGCUCCCGCGUUGAGCGACGUCUCAUCUUCCAGUUGCAUACACCAAGAACGAUUUGGAGCUCUACCGUCUUGUUUCGUCAUGAGGCAUCGCGACAUUGAGAUUCGCAUCACAUGCGACGGCCAGGCACUCGACGAUCACAACCUUCAGAUCGAGGGCAAUGUUGCUGAAUGCUAUGUGGCAAGCCAAUCUGACAAGGUGUUCGAAAUAAUAUGUAGCAAUCACUCCUCGGCGCAGAGCAUGGUACUCAACGUGUAUGUCGACAACUACGAGUUCUCAAAGACAUCCAUCAUGAAGCCGAAGCGCCUGAGUCGAUCGAUCACUUGCAAAGUUGGGAGAAAUGGAAUAAGGCCAAUGAUGUUCUCCAACAUCUCCGUCACAGAUGAUGAGGACGCUGCGGAAGAAGUACCGUGGGUAGACGAUCUUGGUCUCAUUGAAAUUUUUGUUGGCCGGGCAAAGGUUUUACACGAAGUACCUUGGAGUCCACCAGUCGGAGAACCGCACAACUUGGGUCCCGUUCAUGAGUCCUUGAAGAAAGGUGGCAUGCAUUGUGUCUCAUUCGGCCCAACAGUCGCAAGUCCCUAUCGUAGAGGGCGAGCAGUGGAGAUGGAUGACAUCGACACCUGGUCAGCACCAUAUAUUAUUUUCAAGUUCAAGUAUAGGCCCCUAGCGAUUCUCCAGGCAGGCAUCCUACAACCGAUCGUCGUUGAUCCGCCGCGCGAUGACAGUCCCGACAAGUUGCCUCGGUCAGAGCGCCCGUGCAAGAGGCCUCGGCUAGAUGGCGUGUCGUCCACGAUCAUAGAUCUCACUGACGAUACCGAGGACAUAAAGUCAUCCGUACCGAAGGAUGAGGAUGACGACGACAUGGAGGAUGCCGCGGCGCUCGAGGCCCAAAUACAGACUUUGCGGAAGAGGCUUGAUCGAAAGCGGUUACGCAAGGCACGACGGGGUCAGUCUGGUGCUGUCAAGAAGGAGGAAUCUCCUACUCAGGCCUAUGGCGUACCGUUUGCUGCAAUAUUCGCCCCAUCCCAGAAUUUCGCACACGCCCCCAUCCCCGAAUUUCGCACGCCCCCAUCCCAGAAUUUCGCACGCCCCCAUCCCAGAAUUUCCGCCCCCGCCACCCAUCCCACAAUUCCGGUGCCAUCCAUCCCACAAUUCCGCGUCGGCACCCAUCCCCAUAAUUAA